GGUGGGGGAGGCACUUGUGCUCAAAGGCCCUUCCCAGGCUUCCCCCCACAUCCCCAGCACCUGGGGUUGCCCUGCUCUGGGGCAAGGCCAGGCCUGGGACUGGCCCUGUGCAGCCAGCUUCCUCACCCUGUGGUGUGUGUCCUCAGCCAGAGAGAGCACAUUGUCCAACUGGCCAGUUUGAGAGUGAGCCUAAAAACAGACCCCCAUCCAGGGCUGUAUAGUCCCCUGGGCUGAGACAGAGGCUGUAAACAGCACACACCCCAGUGUCUCAGUCACUAGGUUGGGCCUGGCGACUUCCUCCAGGCUCACAGCCCUCCCGUCACACCCCGGGGACCAGGAAGCUGGGCAGGCUCUGCUGGGCUUCUCACCAUUGGGAAGCACAUCCCCAUUUUACAGAUGGGAAACUGAGGCUCAGCAGAAAUGACACACUAGGCCCUGCAGGCAGUGAGGGCACUGGGACGACCGCAGGCCUUCCCCACAGACCCACGCUCUGCCGGCACUGGUGUUCUGAGACGUGAACUGGGAAUGUCAACAGAGCUGCCUGACUCUGGGGAAGGUGCUCCCAGGCAGCAGUGGUCCAAGCGCCGGGGCCACUCGGAGCUCAUGCUGCUCUGACUCGUGCGUGUCGCCGGCCCAGCCCCAUCUGGCUGACCCUGCCGCACCCUUAGCCAGCUGGAUUGUGGCUACACCCUGUCUCCUGGAAGGCAGGGAGGCCACAGCUAAAGGGAAGAGGCAGAUGCACCCCACGCCCUUCCCAUCUCUGGAGCCCUUCUGGAGAGGGUGGUCUCCAUCCCAUUCCUGUGUCGUGGGCUUCCCUUCCAGAGGCCGAGGGGAUCCGGCAGCGGAGUGCGAGGACCAGACGCCCUAGCGAUGACCAGUUCCCCUGUCUCCAGAGUCGUCUACAACGGCAAGAGGAACAGUAGCCCCCGCUCUCCCCCCAACAGCAGCGAGAUCUUCACCCCGGCCCACGAGGAGAAUGUGCGCUUCAUUUACGAAGCCUUCAAGCCCAUCGACCUGAGCGACCUGAAACGCCGGAACACGCAGGACGCCAAGAAGUCCUAAGGCGCGCCGGUGCCCCUCCCCUGGCCUCUGGGAGAUCUGGGUGCAGCCUGCUGCUGGCCUCCUCCUCUCCUGUGGGCCCACCUCCUGGGAGGGCGAGGGGGCCUUGCUUCCAGUAGGCUGAAAACCCCAGGACCAGGACAUGAUUGAUGGCCGAGGCCUGCCCCUCCUCCCUGAGCCCCCUUCUUUCCUCUUGGGGGAUCUCAAGCUACCCCCGACACUAGGAGGGCUUGGGUCCUGCCAGCCCCUGCCCUCCCGUGGGCCCUAGGUGGCUCUUUCGAGCUGCCUGGCCCUGCCUGCCCCCCAGGGCCUUGACCCUGACUCCCUUCACUUUCCUCUGCCCCCACCCCCCUACCCCUGGCCACUUCCAGGAUCAGGAGGGAGCCAAGGGGGGGCCUUUGUUGUCUCCUGUGCUGGUGGGAUUGGGCUAGGUUAGCUCCUGAGGUGGCCAGGAGGCAGGACAAGGGUGAGCCCACCCAUGCCCAGCACGGGUCCCCCACUGACCCCUGCUGCGUCUCUGGCCUGAACACAGGGAGUGUCUGACCCCUCACCCCACUCUCCAACCUGGCCCCUUCCUUCCCUGUGUCAGCUUCAGGAUGGCACCAGCUGUCUGGGCCUGGGACACUGCUGGGUGCCCCCUCCAAGGGUCUUGGGCAGCCAGGCCCGGCCCCCCCUUGGGAAGGGGCACGGGGCUGGCCUGAGCUGGUGAGGCUGUCCAGUGGGUCCUGCCCUGUGCAGUGAGUUGGGAGGGUCUUCAGGGCCAUUUUUUCUUCCUGUGCCCUCCAAAUCCAAGUGUCUGACUGGAACCUGAGAACGAGUGAAUAAAGGCGGGGUGGCAUUGGCUUGGC